UCGAUUUCAUUUCGUCAGCUUCGUCUCGGUUUCGUUUCGAUUCGGUUUUGAAAGAAGUUCCGAAGUGUUAACAUAUACUCGUCGCCACAAAUGGAGUUCGGAAAUUCGACCAAUCAUAUUUUUGAGAAGAAAAGUGAAACUGAUGAAGACGACGAAGAGAGUGUCGAUAUAUGUGGCCUCAACCCCAACAUCUGUGGAAUGGAAGCUGGUUGCUACAACCAAGGAAAUUCUUACAUUUGCUUGUGUCACGAUCUUGAGCCUGCCGAUGCAAAUAAUAACUGUGAUCGGAACGAAAAUCCUUCCUUGCCAACUUCAUCGACGGACAACAGUGUCACCAAUGACUUGCUGCAAGUAGCGCCCACGGAAGGAUCGUUUGGCCCUCAUCAACUGCUCGGGAUGCUUUCUACGUCAAAACAAGUCCCUGUUAACACCACAGAAUCGAACAACACACAAUCGAACGAGCCUUCCCAUAUCAUCCCUCACACAUCCACUGGAUUUCCAGGUCUGUCCGCUGUUCUGGGGACAUGCCUAUUUGUCCUCAUAUUCCUGGUUCUCUGCAGCCUCGUCCUUUUCCUCUAUCACAAGCGCAAAGGCACCCUGUGCUGGUGGCUGUCGGCAAACAGGAGGAGGAACGCCGCCGCCAUGUCACUCAGCAAAUGCAUGGAGCAGUACAUCGCCAACCCUAACUACUACUCCACUUCGCCGGAUGCACCCUUGCUGGGGAUGAGACAGCUGCAGAUACCUUCUGAUAACGUGGUGCUUCUUGAGGAAAUCGGAGAAGGUUGUUUCGGUAAAGUCCACAAAGGAAUUUACACGAACAAUGAUGGAAUGAUGCAGUUGGUAGCUGUGAAGACACUCAAAGAUAAUUUCAAUCAAGACGCGCAGACUGACUUUGAGAGAGAAGUGGAGAUCAUGUCGUCUUUCAGUCACGAAAACAUUCUCAAAUUGGAAGGAAUCGUAUUCAAAGAAAAUCAAACCUGCCCCUGGAUGGUGUUUGAGUUCAUGCAACAUGGAGACCUGGCUCAGCUUUUGAGGAGCAACAGCCCUCUGACUAGAACGCAAAGCACUGAAGAAACAGUUGAAUUAAAUGAGACAAAUUUGAUCUGGAUUUCAUCCCAAAUUGCAAAUGGAAUGAUGUAUUUGUCAUCCCAACACUUUGUUCACAGAGAUUUAGCCACCCGGAAUUGCCUCGUUGGAGAUAAUUUGUGCGUUAAGAUAUCAGAUUUCGGAAUGUCCAGAGAUAUUUACACAUCAGAUUAUUAUAAAGUGAGAGGUUCCCGCAUGCUUCCCAUUCGUUGGAUGGCACCCGAGAGCAUCACGUAUGGGAAGUUUUCUCUGGAGUCGGAUGUUUGGGCUUACGGAGUUGUCCUUUGGGAGAUUUUCACUUUUGGAAAGCAGCCCUAUUAUGGCCAUUCCAAUGAUGAGGUUGUGAAACUUAUUCUUCAAGGAAUCUUACUAUCAACACCUGAAAACUGUCCCCCUUUCAUUUGCAACAUCAUGGCCAGUUGCUGGAAGACGGAACCUCGGGACAGACUGACAUUCGCUGAUGUGUACGGCAUCAUUUCACAGUACACGACAGAUGCAAGACCAGCUACCGUGUCGUCCCAAGAAGAUGUGCAGAUGGACAACGACAACUACCUGCUUCCCACUGGAAUCACAGUCAUAUAACGAUCAGAAGAUGCUGUUUGCUAAAUGCCUUGCAGAACUGGAUUCAAUAUGUUGCAUGGUACCUGGCAUUUCUCCUCAAACCUAAUGCCGACGUCUCGUCUUCUGAUUCAUUCUUACUUUUUGUUUGUGUCAUUCAUUCUUAGUAACGCAUUCAUUAUAAAAUGCUUUAUGCAUUGUAUGGAUUGAAUACAAUUCAUGUGUAAAAGCUAAAACCAUAAAAAAGUGCUUCAUUUCAAAUAUCAGUGGAUAAAGGUUCGAAUUUAAAAUUCGUAAGGUAAGUUAGAUCUUAAAUUCAAGAAACCAUUGCAACUAUUAAAAUUGACAUCUAAACAACGGCAGUAUUAAGAAUUUGGACAUCUAAACAACGGCAGUAUUAAGAAUUUGGACAUCUAAACAACGGCAGUAUUAAGAAUUUGCAUGCAUAAUAGUGUGGCCCUUAACGUUUUGUUUCUGUAUGUAAUGAUUGCAUUAUAUGACUUCUCUUGGUUGCUCUGGCAGCAUCCGUGCAAUAGUCCCUCUCACUACCAUUUGAAGUAUUUUAUGUGGAUAUCAUCGAUUCGGACCAAUAAUGAGACAUAAAGCCGGAGUCUACACAUGUAUGCCAAUAAAUGAAGACGCAAGAUAUAAUGUCAAAUAAAUCGGAGAGCCACGCGCAUCAGUGACAGCGCAUGCGCUUGGUAGUGUCUGGCAAGAAAUGGAAAAGUCGUCUGUGUAAACAUCAGGGCAAUGGACAUCACACAACCAAAAUUGUUACAUAUGCAAACAAAACCUUAAUCGUCCUUGCGUGUAUUAUUCAAAUUUCCCUUCUUCUCGUUGUUUACAACGAAGGUAUAACUCUGUAUGAUCGGUAAAAUUCUAUUGAAGCAUUUUAUUUUAUUUCGGUGUUUACUGAAGAAGAAUGAUAUACGUAAAAUACCUCCAAUAUCUCAAAAAACUUUUACGGUUUUUAUACUUAAGCAAGAGAAUAGCCUGCUCUUUGAAGCUGCUAUGCGCCUUUAAUAAUAUGAAUGACACUUACUCACUCAUACAUUUUCCUAAAAUACAGGACAAUUUUCUACGGCGACAAAACCUUAAAGGAGUAGUUUGUUUAUUUAUAUGCAAAAAUGUUUACUUUACUCAUUUGGCUUGGUGGUAUGAACUCAGCUUCGGAACCGGAGGGUUUCAGGUUCGAGACCCGAUUCCCCCAAAGAACCGCAAUGUAAGCGGAUCUAGUGCACGUUAAAUCUUUUGAGCCAAACGUCCGCCUACUGGUCUGGUGUAAAAGUUUGGGAAGGCGGGUGUCCUUGUCAUCUGACCUUGUUUCAAAAUUACUAGUUACGUCCCGAAAUAGCCUUUGUGUUUCUCUAAAAGAGGACGUUAAUAUAACUAAACAAAACUAUAACUAUUCAAAAAUGAGUUAUAAAAUUUUCAAAUAUUCUAUAGCCUAGAAGUCCUCCAUUUGUAACGCGGAAAUCCUUCACAAUAUCUCGAACUAAUGAAUAAAUUGAAUAUUUUUACCAUAUUAUCAUCUUUUUAAUAAAUCAAUCUUAGCAAUUGAAAUUUAAGACGGCUUAAGCAAGGAACAGAAGCUUCCAGUACAAGCAGUAAAACUUGACAACUUUUUGAACUGAAUAUAGUAUUUAGAUAAAUUAGAAAGAAAUUCUUGCUUCUGUUAAACAUAUUUCUAUUAAUGAUUUGAUUUUCUUUUCCAACUUUAAAAGUCAAAUGAAAUACUUUUAGGAAAUUCUUCUGUAUGUUAUCAAGAAAAUUUACUUCCUUAAAGCGUAAGUUUCUUUCCAACUUCUCCCUAUUAUAAAGUGGUGCUGACAUUUUGUGCAGUAGCUAGAAGAAAAUAAUAAUCUUUUAAGCAGUUAGUUUUUGUGAUCAACUUGUAAAAAGUCUAUGAUAUGUUUAUAUCUGAUAGCGUUUUGUUCAAAUAGAGAGGCGUGCUUCAAUGAAAUUCACUACUCUCUAUGAUAUAUCAAUACCAUUAUCAUUUAUUCUGUACGGAGGAUAGAGUUUAAGAACUCUGUGACCCAUUCCUCAGAUCAAAUAAAAGUCAAACUAUGGUUCUAGCAGUAUUAUUGUACGAGUCAAAACUUUUUCGUUUCUUUCGUAAAUGGGUGUACAAAAUUGUUAGAAUUAAAAUUCAUCUAAUUAUAAAACUCUAAAGCCGAUUCUGGGACUCCACAAGAAGUAAUCUAAACAUUAAUAAUACAAUUUUCACUAUGUAUUAUUAAUGUUUUUCUCUUUAUGUAGUGCUGUGCUAAUAUAUGUGGUUAUUUUAGUUGGUUUUGUUUUACUAUUUUCUUUAUUAAAUAAACCAAGAAAAAAUUUAUUUCAAUGUUUUUUCAAACUACAAUUUUUGCUUUAAAGAAUCUGGUAAAAAUAUAAGAAAAUAUAAUCUCUAAAAGAUAUAAGAAGAAAAAGAAAAUUUCAUCUGAAUGAAAUUUCAUCUGCGUCUACAAAUAAGAAUAUAAAUGCUAAUGCUUGCUCAGUGAACCUUCUAUUAUUUCCAUUUAAAAAAAAGGUAUUUCCUUCUGCACAGCGUUCUGUGGGAGUGAAACUUGAUACCGUUUCUCAUAUCAGGUAUUCAUGUUUGCAUAUAAAACUCUUUUUAAAAAUUCCAUAACCAAAAGUUGCUAUUAAUAGUAUUAUUCAGGUCAGGCAUUUUGGAGGCCAAAUUGUCUGAAAAUAACAAUCAAUUAGAAUAUAUGUAUGAAGCGGCGUUUAAGGAAAGUUAAAAUUAAGGAAGUAAUUAUUGGUGUUGAAACCAAUUUGCAUAAAAAUGUUAUUUCGAAAGAGGUUUAGCAUUGAAUUUUGGCACUGUUUUUAGUUUAAUUUUUUUUUAAUUCAAAAUAAACUUAUUUUGCGCCAACAAAAAAAUGGCAGAGUCUUUUUUUUGGCAUUUGCGCUACGGUAUUUGUUGAUGGAAGUUUCUCCAGCAUAAGUUGUACUUCAUACUAAUGUAUAUUGCCACCUUUAGAGCUAUAGAACUUGAUGCUUUUCCUUCUGAGAAGACGAGCUUAAAUACUAGCAACAGUGUAUAGGCGUGGAUAAAUUAGCUAUAACGCGAUUAAUAUCAGUGAAGGAAUCAGAAGGGACAAAACAUUUUGAAUCAUAUCACGGAUAUUUUCAACUCGCAAUGAUCCAAUUUUCUUGUUGAAAUUGGAUCAUUGCGAGGUGUUAGGAGAACCGACAUUCGCUCUUGAAUGAAGAAUGUCUAGAAAUGAAUGUAGAUCAAGUAGCGCAUUUUCUAAUGUUCUGUGACAGAUCCUGUAUGCUCAGAUGAUUAAAAUCAUUGCAUCUGAAGACUGCACAGGAAGAUGCGCCCUCAGCUCCUUGCACAUUCUUCAUUCGAUUGUAAAUGUAGAUUCUACUAAUCACUUCUGCCAACGAAAAUUAGAUCAUAGCUGUUUGUGCCUAUCGUGAUACGAGGCUACAUGUUUUGACAAUUCUGAUUCUACAAGCGACCCGCCAAUGCCGUUCAUUUUAUGCCUGAUUUUUCAUGACAUGUGUCGUUGUCUACGAAAGAAAUCUGAAGGUUGCACCAACCGAGAAAGCACCGCUGGAACCACUCCCCCUUCUAUUUGAGCGACUGUAGCAAAAAAACUAAUGAAAACAUGGGUUACCAAACAUGCUAUGCAUUUACCUCUUGACGAUUAACCUUUUCACUUCUAACCUCGCUAUUAAUAUUCUCUACUAAUGAGUCGUUUUUGACAGAUUUCUUUUCAAACGAGGAGUGCGAUAUGUAAAGCAAGUUAUUGUUAAAGGUGCGGUCAUUUUAGAUAGCAAAUUCCUCAUUUGAAGAAAAAGGGAGGGAAAAAAACGUCUCAUUAGUAUACAACUUGCUCGGUCGUCUGGGCUGGAAUAAUCUGAGAGGGUUAAUAUAAUCGAGUACAUCUUUAAAUAAGAGUACAAGAUUUUUACUUAUGAUGUCCAAGCAUUUUCAAAUCACUCCUCGAGGAAUGUUCAAUUCGUGGUUUAUCAGAAAUUGAUAGAAGCAUUUAUACUUGAAUAAAGUGUUUUGAGCGACUUAAUUAUUAUUGGGUUUUUACCCAUGGAAUUAAUGGGAAAAUAUGUUCUUAGACUUAAGAGCAGCAAUCAUUUGAGCAACACCUUAUAUUGAAGUGAAGAUCAAAAAUUAUAUCAAGAGUUAAGAAGCAAUUUAGAUAUUUUUAUAAAUAAGCAUUUAUUCGAAAUAAAACAUUUGUAAAAAAAACUCAUUUCGGCUAGAAUUCAUCACUAAUAACCAUGAAUAAAUCAAUCAGGGAAUUUAUUAAUAAUCAUGCAAUAGAUGACGUAAGAGUGCUACACGUUAAGGUACUGAAUUUUUACAAUUUCAAAACUCCAAAAUUUUAUUUUAUAAGUCCCUAAUUCUUCGUAUUCAUAAUGAUUUAGUAAGAAUCUCGUGCAGUUUUAUCAUCUAAUAACAUCCGCUAAAAAGGAAAUGGUGAAAUUUUAGUAAAGACAGCAUUUUUCUGUAAAACCAACUUACUUCAAUUCUACUACAUAAAAGGCUAGAAACAUGAAAAUUAAAUCUAAUAAAGUAUGCCAAAAUAACUGAAUUUCUGCUGUUUGUUACUCCCUAAUUAAAGUAUUUCAUUGCCGUUCCCGAAUAUCCCUGCCUUCAUAAAUUUCCGAUAUACUUUCCGAUAUUAGUGACAGCACCACAACACAAGAGCUACCACUCUGUGUUAUGUAGUUGUAGUUCGUUUAUAAUGCAACUCCAUAGCUAUAAAAAUAAACAUUGAAUCGUUUUAAAAUGCUGAGAAUCAAAAAUUCAGUGAAAAUUCUGUUAGUACAAACAUUUUCCUAUUAAAUAAGCAAAAAAUAUCAUGUUCUACAAAUUUCGGUUUAACAUUAUAAUUUUGUGCAUAAUAUGUUAUAACCAUUUCCUUGCAUUGUAUAAAUUUAACCAAUGCUCUUUACUUGCAUUUGAGAGAAAAUGUCUUCUAAUUAAUACUUUUAUGGUGUUUCUUAUAUUCUACGAAUAGUGUUAAGAAAUGGGCUUUUAUUAUAUUUUUGCUUUAUAUGAAACUCUUUAAUGAGACAUUUCUUACCUUCAUUUUGAGAAGGCUGUCCCGUUAAUGUUAUUACUAUUUCUUGUAAUAUUAUUAUGAUGAUUUUGUGUUAUUGUCAUUUAUCUCACUCUUGUUCACGUCAGGCGCUUCAAAGUCUUGUGUUUAUCAAACAGCGAAACUUGAAUUGUGUCAUUGUUUUAAUAUACACACUUUAUUCUCACUUGUCCAUGUUUAUAAAAAAAAAACUAUUUCGCAUUAUUUAUUUAAGAUUCAUAUGUUGUAAAUUUAUUCAUCGCAUGUCCUUGGCGUGUACUCAUUCUGAUCUACAAGGAAAUAAA